GCAGACCUGAGCAAAAGCUGCUGCGGAUCCUCUGUCUUUUUCGUGUAAUGUCCCACUGAGUAGACAGGGCCACGUGCAUACACGAGCAGUUUUUCAAGUUGCCUUCAGAAAUCCACAUCCUAGUGUUUCUUUGAAACACUAUUCAGACACAACCAUGGUGAAGUUAGCUAAGACAGCGAAGCAGCAAGUUCAAAAGAAAAAGGCCCCUCCACCCCCUAAGCAGGUGGAGGAAGAGGAAUCCAGUGAUGAAGACAGCAGUGAGGAAGAAGAAGAGAGUCCACCACCCAAAGUUACAAAGAAAGCCACUCCAGCUAAAGCCACACCAGUUGUAAAAAAUGGAAGCCAGGCUAAAAAAGCAGAAAGUGACGAAGACGAUGAUGAAUCAGAAGAAGAGUCUUCUGAAGAAGAGGCUCCGCCCCCAAAGAAGACACCUGCAAAAGCAAAAACACCCGCCAAGGCCGCCCCUGUUAAAGCACAAGAGUCUGAUGAUGACGAGUCGGAAGAGGAGGCCCCACCCCCUAAAAAAGCCAGCAAGCCGGCUGCAAAGCCUGCUGCCAAGCCCCCAGCAAAGGCCCAGAAAGCAAAGGAGUCUUCAGAGGAUGAAGAUGAUGACGAUGAGUCUGAAGAAGAAGCUCCACCUCCAAAGAAGGCUACUCCUGCCAAAGCAGCUGCCAAGGCAACACCAGCCAAGCCAGCCGCUAAAGCACAGCCCGCUAAAAAGCAAGAGGAGGAAGAUGAUGAUGAUGAUGAAGAAGAUGACGAUGAUUCAGAAGAGGAGGCUCCUCCCCCCAAAAAGGCCACUCCUGCAAAACCAGCCCCCAAAGCCAAGGCAGCAGCUAAAGCAGCCCCAGCUAAAGAGCCAUCUGAUGAUGAGGAGGAUGAUGAUGAAGAUGAUGACUCUGAAGAAGAGAUGGACACCACCCCUGCACCAGCUGCUACAAAGGCAAAGAAGGCAGGAAUGGUAAAGGCCAAAGAAGAGUCGGAGGAGGAAGAUGAUGAAGAGGAGUCAGAAGAGGAUGAUGAUGAAGAGGAGGACGACGACGAAGAAGCUCCAGCUAAACCUGCAAAGAGAAAGGCAGACGGAAAGAAAGAAGCAGUUCCUGCUAAGAAAGCAAAGUCUGACGGGGAAGGUUUUUGCUUGUUUGUUGGCAACCUCAACUCCAACAAAGAUUUUGACGAAAUCAAAGCCUCCCUCAGAAAAUUCUUCUCCAAAAACAGUCUAGAGGUCGCCGAUGUCCGGUUAGGAGGUUCAAAAAAAUUUGGCUACGUGGACUUUGCCACAGAGGAAGACAUGAACAAGGCACUGGAGCUCAACGGCAAGAAAGUUAUGGGUCAGGAAGUGAAGCUGGACAAGGCUCGCCAGAAAGACAACUCACAGGAAGGAAAGAAAGAGAGAAAUGCACGGACCCUUUUUGUUAAAAACCUUCCAUUUUCUGCUACGGUUGAUGACCUGAAGGAAUUGUUUGAAGAUGCGGUUGAUGUCCGGUUACCUCCAGGACAAAACGGUUCAAAUAGAGGCAUUGCCUACAUUGAAUUCAAAUCUGAAGCAGUCGCCGAGAAGAUGAUGGAGGAGGCCCAGGGAGCCGACGUGCAGGGGAGGUCCAUAAUUGUAGACUAUGUUGGUGAUAAGAGCCAAAAAGGUGGCAGAAUGUCAGCAUCAGGAGGCGUCAACAAAACCUUGGUUGUAAAUAAUUUGGCCUUCAGCGUUACAGAAGAAGUCCUGCAGUCCAACUUUGAAAAAGCAGCUUCCAUAAGGAUUCCUCAAAGGGACGGCAGACCUAAAGGUUUUGCUUUUAUAGAGUUCGAGAGCCCAGAAGAUGCCAAGGAAGCGUUGGAGAACUUGAACAACACAGAAAUUGAAGGGCGAGCGAUUCGCCUGGAGUACAGCCAGAGUGCUGGAGGAAGAGAUGGAGGCAGAGGAAACACGGGUCCAACAAAAACCCUCUUCGUCAAAGGGCUCUCAGAGGACACAACAGAUCAGACGCUUAGGGAUUCCUUUGAUGGCGCAGUCGGAGCCAGAAUAGUUACAGACAGAGAUACAGGCUCAUCCAAAGGCUUUGGCUUUGUGGACUUUGACAAUGAAGAUGAUUGCAAAGCAGCCAAAGAGGCCAUGGAGGACGGAGAGAUCGAUGGCAGCAAGGUGACGUUGGACUACGCCAAGCCCAAGGGCGAAGGUGGCUUCCGUGGAGGAAGAGGCGGCGGCGGCUUCGGAGGCCGCGGUGGCGGUUUCGGGGGCCGCGGCGGCUUCAGGGGAGGCCGUGGUGGUGGUGGAGGAAGGGGUUUCGGCCGUGGCGGUGGACGCGGAGGCGGACGUGGCGGUUUUGGAGGUGGAAGAGGUGGUGGAUUCGGAGCAAAACCUCAGGGGAAGAAAAUCAAGUUUGAUGAUUAAAAUCUGUGUUUUACGUUUAAAUGGACUUUCACCAUCUUCUGAACUUUUGGACAUUCCAGGAAGUGUCAUUGAUUAUUUAACUGUAAAUGGGCUUUUUUUUGUUUUUUUGCCCGUUUGCAUAUACACCCCCCCCCUCAUAUCUACUGUACCCUCCUGUGCCAGAACUAUACGUUGGACCUUUUUGAGCUUUUGAGUGUCAAGUGUGAGGACUAAAUGUCCCAGAAGCAAGCCUGCACUCGUUUCCCUCCCCGACAGUCGUCUUUUCCUGAAGGAUGGAAAUGGAUUGGGGUCUGGCAGGAAAAAAAAUAAAGGAAAGAUGCUUGUCCAGUCAGAUUUAUGGUGUAAAUUUAAGCAGUUUGUAUGAUUUAAUUUUACCUUUUUUUUUUGUACAAAAAAAACAAAGUAACUCAUUUAUCCAUACGAUAUUUUUUGUUUUUUUUUCUGUCAUGCUUUCUUUAGAUGUUGAGUUUUACUGUUAUUGUGUUUUCAUAGUCCAUGCUCAAAAGUUAUUGGAUAUGUGUUAUGGUUGUUAAACGAGGCUGUGACUGAGUCAUGGAUACAAAUCUAAUCUAUGUAACAUAAAUGUUUGUAGAACAUUGAGUAUUUUUUUCCUCAAGAUUUUCACGAUAAAAUAAACCUCAUAAAUUGUGAUUUUUAAA